AUGGGCAAAAAAGCCAAACAAGAUCUUCCACUUCACAAGGUCAUCAUGGUCGGCUCUGGUGGCGUUGGCAAAUCUGCCUUGACUUUACAGUACAUGUAUGGUGACUUUGUUGAAGAAUAUGAUCCAACAAAAGCAGAUUCUUAUCGUAAAAAAGUUUUGUUAGAUGGGCAAGAAUGUCAAAUUGACAUUUUAGACACUGCUGGACAGGAAGAAUAUGCUGCCAUUCGUGAUAACUAUUAUCGUUCUGGCGAAGGCUUCCUUUGUGUUUUUUCCAUUUGUGAAUACGAAUCAUUUGUACACACACAAGAUUUUAAAGAGCAGAUUUCUAGAGUGAUUGAUGAUGAAAGUAUUCCCUUCAUCCUUGUUGGAAAUAAAGUUGAUUUAGCUCAAAUACGCAAAGUUUCAAAGGAGGAAGCUAUGGCUAGAGCAAGUGAAUGGAAAUGUGAUUAUUUUGAGACGUCUGCGAAAACACGGCAGAAUGUGGAAGAGGUAUAUAAUGAAUUAAUGAGGAAAAUCAAAACGCGCAAGGAUACCAAUAGGGAGAGGGAAAAUAUUAAUAAGAGGAGAAAGUGCGAACAGGUCGUUGUCUCGUCAUUCAGUAUAGUAGCGGCAGUUGCAGAGCUCUGA